AGAUAUCAAGCCAGAUAAUAUCCUCAUCGACGCCACGGGCCAUAUAAAACUCUCAGACUUUGGACUGUGUACGGGGAUGAAGAAAAGUCAUCAAUCGUCGUACUACAAGAACCUCACCAACGGAAAAGGGACUGCCAGCAGCAAAGACGGGCACCACGCCAACCUGGACUUCAGGUGCGUUGUAGCAGUAUGA